CGGGGUAAUUAGAGGCACUUUGAUGGAGCUCUUCGCAUUUUGGAUCUGGCUCAAAAUUGGCCGGAGUUUUUCAAAAGAUUUUUACAUGAGCGUGUAGAAAAAUGUUUGGUCUACCAUCAUGUUCAAUAGCAACUUUUUCCGAUCAAAAACGGCCAAGAAAUAGCAAAAAAAGGAAGAAAUUUUCGAAGAGUGCCUCUAAUUACCCCGAAGUACUCUACUACGAAUUUCUAACUUCGAUCUGAAAAAAUAUCUUAGGCAAAGUUAAAGAUAAAUGCUGGAGACACACAACCGCCAGGAAUAAAAUUCAACUUUUUCCAUGUACAUAUAAAUAAGCGUGUAUGUCUAAGCCAGCCAAAUCGGUAGACUUUGCUAUAGAGAGAAAAUAUUCAUGUAUGACUAUGCAACAUACAGAUUGUCUACUGCACUGCUGUAUGAUAAAGACAUACCACAGGAAGACCAUGAGAACGACAUCGCUAUAGAGAGAAAAUAUUCACAAAUGGCUAUGCAACACAUAAGAGUAUCUGAUUGUCUACUUUUGUGCUGUAUGAGAAAGACAUGCAUGCCACGGGACGCCCAUGAGCGAGACAUUGUUAUGGAUAGAAAAUAUUCAGAUAUGACUAUGCGACAGAUAGGAGUAUCUGAUUGUCUGCUUGAAACACAUUGCUAAAGAUAGAAAAUAAUCAUAUAUGACUAUGCAAUGGAUAGGAGUGUCUGAUUGUCUGCUCCUUCGCUGUAUAGGAAAGGCACAUCAUGCAAAGAUCGCGAGAAACACUUUGAUAUAGACAGAAAAUAUUCAUAUAUGACUGUUCAACACAUAGGAGUAUCUGAUUGUGUACUUCUGCGCUGUAUGAGAAAGACAUUGCUGUAGAUCGAAAAUAUUCGAAUUGUGACUGUGCAACAUAGUGCAGUAUCUGAUAUCUGCUUCUGUGCUGUAUGAGAAAAGAGAUAAAACCCGAAAGCCGCGAGAAACACAUUACUGUAGAGAGAAAAUAUUCAAAUAUGACUAUGCAGCACUUAGGAGUAACUGAUUGUCUGCUCCUGUGCUGGGUGGAAGAGACAUAUCAUGCAAAGACCAUGAGAAAUACAUUGCUAAAGAUAGAAAAUAUUCAUAUAUGACUAUGCAACAGAUGGGAUUAACUGGACGACAUACCAUGGGCAACCAUGCUUAAGACAUUGCUAUUGAUAGAAGAUAUUCAAAUAUGACUAUGUAGCAGAUAGAAGUAACUGAUUGACUGCUGCUGUGGUGUUUGAGAAAGACAUAGCACAGGAAGACCAUAAGAAACACAUUGCUGUAGAUCGAAAGUAUUCGAAUAUGCCUGUGCAACAUACAGGAGUGCUGUUUUGUUUAGCUUUUUAAUAGAACAUUGUUUAGAUCGUAUUGUGUGUUGAAAGUCGCCAAUGAAAUUUUGUUGAGUGAGUGAAAGGGGCAUAAGUGAUUGUAUCCAUAUAUUUAGCGAAAACGUCAAGUACCAUCGCAGCCAGGAAAACAAUCUAUUCGUUACUAUGAUGCUAUCAAAGCGGUUAAUGAUACUGAAAUAUUACCUGAAAUAAUAGUUCAAUUUCGGCUCCUGUUUUCUAUUGAUUGCCUUUCGUUGAUUUGUCAAAAUGACACGUUAGAAAUGGUAACAACGCAAACUUUUAUUGACAUUCGAUUUGACGAAAUCCUAUUUAUGACAUUCUUCGGUAUAACAACGUCAAGCGGUGGUAUUGGUACUAGUAGUACUAACAAUUCAACAACACUACAAAUACCACCAACAUCAACUGUCAGUAAUCAGCCACAGCAGCUGUCAUCAACCUCCAGAACAGCUCAAGAUGCUUUCUCGACCCCAGGUGUUUCGAAUCCACCGUCUUCCUCAUUGAAAACAAUCUCAAGAACAAACGAGCCUGGCAGUGAAACACAAACACUCGAGAGAACUGCUACCCACAGUCGAACAAUAACAACUAGUCAAACGGCAUCGCUAUUCUCUGUACACAUUUCGACCCUUGGGCCAAAACCUACCGAUGUGAACCAACGCCAACCAACUUCAUUCUCUUCUGACCAAACUCCUGCAUUUACAAAAGAACGUCCACCAACUCAGAAAACGGGAGCUAAUACAAGUAAAGGUCGUCAAGCAAGUGACAUAACAAGGGUCACUUUCUCUCUAUUUCAGGUUUGUCCCCAAAACCAGGAAGCACAAAACCUUCUGCUCACCCUCACCGGUCGAAAUUAA